AUGCCAGGCCUUACGACCUUCCCGCCCUUUCCGGACGACGUGCCCACUCACCCGCUGCUCGUCGUCGACUUCCAGCUGAUCAGGGCCGGUGAUCCCUCGGAGAUCGACAAAUUGUGGAAGGCGGCGACCGAGCUUGGGUUCUGGUACUUAAAGAAUCAUGGAACGGAUGAAGAGGUGAACGGGAUGUUCGAGAUGGGUGCCGAGACGAUGGCGCUCACGAUGGAGGAGAAAAUGAAAUAUGAGCAGGGCGACGAGGGCAUGUCCUGCGGAUAUAAAGCAGCAGGCGCCAGUGCAACAGAUGAGACGGGCGCGAAAGACUCCGCAGAGUUCAUCAAUGUCGCCAAAGACGACGCGCUGGCAUGGCCUGGGCUGGUUUACCGCAUCUACCCGUCGACGGUCAAUGCCCGCAUGGAGUCCACCAUCAUUCCCUUUGUACGCAAGUCGGUGGAGGUGACGAACACACUGAUUGACGUGCUGAAUACGAGGCUCGGCCUCCCAGGUGGCGCGCUUGUAAACCUGCAUGCAAUUGAGGAGCAUAGCGGAAGUGAGGCUAGGUGCAUCAGGACUCCGCCGCGCCCUGUUGACUUCUCAGAGGAUAAGGCGACUCUGGGGGCUCAUACCGACUUUGGCUCGUUGUCUUUCCUGCACAAUCGUCUUGGCGGCUUGCAGGUUCUAGUCCCAGGCACGGCGCAGUGGCAAUACGUCAGGCCUAUCCCCGGGUAUGCGAUAUGCAACAUUGGGGACGCACUCACAAUCUUCAGCGGUGGGAUUCUUCGCUCAAACCUCCAUCGUGUGGUUCCUCCGCCGAAAGACCAAGGAAAUUAUGAGCGCUGGUCUCUGGUAUUUUUCUUGAGGCCAAGUAAUUCGAUCGAGCUGCGGGCUCUUGCAGAACAGAGUCAACUCAUCGCGGAAACGGUAUCACGGGCGCCAGCGGGCAAAUUCCAACCCGGCUCGACCGCCAAGGAGUGGUUCGCCAGGCGGGUGAAGUAUCAAAGAGUCAAGAAUAGGACGGGUCCCGAGACAUGGCGCGCGAGUAGGGGAAUGGAGCACGCGCCUGCUGCGAUCUAA